UUUCUUCUAAAGUAACAUUUAUUAUGAGAGAGCAAUUACAUAACUGGUUUAUAAAAAAUCAAAAGAAGUAAAGUAAAGAUGAUUUUGUAGGAAUAGAUAGGUCUAUUCACAUCGGGACGAUAUCUCUAACCGCCCUUCUAAGAUAUCAAAUAAAUGUUUCUUUGCAUUCACGUUUUCACAUUGAGUUGAGCAUAAUCUACAUUUUUAAGUUUCCUAAAAAUCAAGGUCAAUAUACAUUGAAACAUGAUAAUGACAAUUCCACAAUUAAAUCAAACAAAUGUAAAGUCAAAUUUAUGAUAGAUUAAUUUUAGAGGUUACCAUUUUAUUAAAUGUUCAAAAAAUAAAUAAAUUAUUUUAUAUCAAAACAAAUUUCAAACAAUCCAACCAUCACCUCUUUUCUUUGUUUCCGACCACUAAAAUAUGCAGCUCUCCUCACGAGAGAAGUUUAUAAUUCUCUUUGUUUGACAUCGAUUCAAUCACCAAAAUAAUAAAAUUAAACAUGUCACAAAAAUCAACUCAUAUUUAUUUUUGUUGAAUUAUAUAUUUUUUUCCAAAAAACAUCAAUUAUACUAAUCGUGAGUAUGUGCUUAAAAAAGUGAUUAAACUUAAAUAAUUAAUGAAUUUUAGGUAAAGACUAAAUGUAUGGGAGAAUUCGAAUUCAAGUCAUAACUAGAACAAUUCUUAAUCAUAAUUCACUUAAUUAUCUCUAAACUGGACUUCAAAAAAUGAGGGACCAUUCUUCCAAAACAAUAUCGAUGCAAAGUAUGAUAGAUUAUUUUUAGAGGUUACUACUUUAUUAAAUGUUCAAAAAAUAAAUAAAUUAUUUUAUAUCAAACAUAUUUCACACAAUCCAACCAUCACCUUGUCUCUUUGUUUUCCACCACUAAAGUAUACAUGUCUUUUUGUGAUAGAAAUUUAUGAUUCUCUUUGUUUGACGUCGAUUCAAUCACCAAAAUAACAAAAUUAAACAUAUCACAAAAAUCAACUCAUAUUUAUUUUUGUCGAAUUAUUUUUUUUCUUCCAAAGAACAACAAUUAUACUAAUCAUGAGUACGUGCUUAACAAAGUGAUUAAACUCAAAUAAUUAAUAAAUUUUAGUUAAAGACUAAAUGUACGGGAGAAUUCGAAUUCAAGUCUUAACUAGAACAAUUCUUAAUCAUAAUUGACUUAAUUAUCUCUAAGCUAGACUUCCAAAUAUCAGGGACCAUUCACCCAAAAAAGUAUCAUAAUUAAAAACAGAAAAAAGUCAUGGGUAUAUGAAAUUAUGAAUGAUACAAAAUUUAUUUUCUCUUUUUAGAAAAUGACUUAAUUGUCAUAUUUCACAAUAAUUUUUACGUGUCAAUUUUAAGUUGCAUUUAGAAAAAAUUACUUAAAAUAAAUCGCAUAUUUUGUAUAAUUUUAUAUUCGACAUAUAGUUGGUAGAACAAGCAUAACAAAUUUUAAUUGAUUGUGUACUAUAAUUUUCCAAAGUCAAUCUACAAUUGUGUCGUAUAUACAUUGAAACUUUAUCAAGUUCAUCAUCCAUUGUAAAAGCAGCUGUGAAAGAUUCCUUACACAUUUUUUUCAAACCCCAUUUUUUUCUUCCUUACCGGUAACAAUCAAUUUUUUCAAUUUUUACUUUAACACAUCCUCUUGUUAUCUUCAAAAAAUAUAUAUCUUCUUUGAUUGCCAAUACCAAUUCGUGUACGUAUUCUAAAAAAACCAUGCAUAAAUAUAAGUUUAAUUCACAACACUUCUAUGUUUUUAAUUCCAAAUUAAACCAACAUGAUUUCUUAUUACUCCUUAUUAGCUAUGAUUCUUCUCCUCCUUGUCUUUCUUCUCCAAAUUUUCUCAUACUUCAACAAAAACAAGAAUUCAUCAUCACAACCGAAUUUACACCACCCUCCAAGCCCACCAUCAAUACCAAUAAUUGGCCAUCUCCAUCUCCUCAAACCUCUCAUUCACCAUUCUUUUCGAGACCUCUCCGAACGAUAUGGCCCUCUUAUAUCUCUUCGACUUGGCUCCGCUCGAUUCAUAGUUGUUAAUUCACCAUCACUCGCGAAAGAGUUUCUCAAAACAAACGAACUCAUUUACUCUCAUCGUAAAAUGAAUAUAGCUAUCAACAUGGUUGUUUACGACGACGCAACUUUUGCUUUCGCCCCUUAUGGGACAUAUUGGAAAUUCAUGAAAAAACUUAGCACAAUUGAGCUCUUGGGAAAUCGAACCAUCAAACAAUUUGCCUCGGUUCGAACCCAAGAACUCCACAAUUUCAUUCAAACUUUGGCAAAUAAGUCUAAUUCUGAAGAAAGCUUGAACCUUACUCAAGCUUUGGUAAAACUUUCUAACAACUUAAUAUCGCGGAUGAUGUUGAGCAUUGAGACCUCGGGAACCAAUAGCCAAGCUGAAGAAGCGAGGAUAUUGGUUCGCGAGGUAACACAAAUUUUUGGAGAAUUUAAUAUUUCAGAUUUUAUAGGAUUUUGCAAGAACAUAGACUUGAAAGGUUUUAAAAAGAGGGCAAUGGACAUACAUAGAAGGUAUGAUGCUUUUUUGGAGAAGAUUAUUUAUGAUCGAGAGGAAUUGAGAAAGAAAGAAAUGGUAGAGGGUCGAGGGAAUGAAGAAGAGAGAAUGAAAGAUUUUCUUGAUAUUUUGCUUGAUGUCUAUGAGGAGAAAGAUUGUGAGGUUAAUUUCACUAGAAAUCAUAUCAAAUCAUUGAUCUUGGAUUACUUUACAGCAGGUACUGACACUACUGCCACGUCAGUGGAAUGGACAAUAACAGAACUAUUUAACAAUCCAAGUGUGCUGAAAAAAGCACAAAAAGAAGUGGACACAAUUGUAGGAAAUGAAAGAUUAGUGAAUGAAGCAGACACUCCAAAUCUUCCCUAUAUAAACUCCAUCAUAAAAGAAACAAUGAGACUUCACCCUCCAAUACCAAUGAUUAUGAGGAAAGGAGUGAAAGAUUGUGUGGUUGAUGGGAACAUAAUUCCAAAAGACUCAAUAGUUUGUGUCAACAUUUGGGCCAUGGGAAGAGACCAAAAGAUAUGGAAUAAUCCAUUAGAGUUUAGGCCUGAAAGGUUUUUAGAAUAUGGUGAAGGGAGUGAUAUAGAUAUUAAAGGUCAUAACUUUGAAUUAUUGCCAUUUGGUUCUGGAAGGAGAGGUUGUCCUGGUAUGCCUUUAGCCAUGCACCAAUUGCCUACUGUAAUUGCUGCUUUAGUACAAUGUUUUGAUUGGAAAAUGCUUGAUUCUGAAGGUACAAUUUUAGAAUAUGGAAAAAUGAUCGAUAUGAAUGAACGGCCUGGAUUGACUGUUCCUAGAGCCAAUGAUCUCAUUUGUAUUCCAGUUGCAAGAUUUAAUCCCACUACUUUUCUUCAUGUUUAGUAAAAGAUAUUAUUGUUCAUGUCUUUCUAUUAUGUUGGGAUCUUCUGCAUCGGUUUAAUUGUAUGUUUAAAGAGACAAAUUUUAUGGUGUAGUUGAAUCUUUUGUAUUUUAUGGAAUUUAUAUAUAGAAUGCAACAAAUAUUUAGUACUUCAA